AUGAAAUCUAAAAAAGUUUUGAUUGGGAUUACCUCAUACUAUGGUAAAUUUUAUGCAGACGGGAAGAAAACGGGAUUGUUUAUUGCCCCAGCUAUUCAAGCAUACAAAAUAUAUCGAAGAAAGGGAUAUGAAGUUGAUUUUACUUCAGAGGAUGGAACUUAUGGGAUCGAUGAAUAUUCACUUCUGUAUGAAAAUUUAAAAGGUGAAGACCUCAUUAUCUAUGCAUGUGAAAAUUCUGACUUCAAUGAAAAAUUGAAGAAAUUAAAAAGAGCGGAUGAGAUUGACAGUAGAGAAUACGAAAUUUUUUAUGCAACACUGGGGUAUGGUUGCCUUUUCGAUUAUCCACACUCCAAGCUUUCAGAAUUGGCUUCCGAAAUAUAUAAUCAAGGCGGAAUUGUUGCUGCUAUCUGCCAUGCUCAAAUAAUGUUUGAUGGAUUGAAGAACAAAGAAACUGGCAAGUUUUUGAUAGAAGGUAAGGUGAUUACAGGCUUUCCAGAGAUAGGAGAGAAAUUAAAUUUAGUAUACGAUACAUUGGUGCAAGAGAAUCUCCCCACUAUCCCAACAAUUGCAAAAAGAAAUGGAGCUAAAUAUUUAUCACCAGUUGGACCAUUUGACGAUUUUUCCAUUGCUGACGGGAGAAUAAUAACAGGUGUAAAUGCGGCAUCUGCAGCUUCUACCGCCUUACGCACUUUGACUGUUAUCAAAGAAAUUAGAUCCAAGCUCACUCCAGAAAAAAAAGGUCACCAAAUAUAA